GAGACUCAAAAUGUGUAACGAUAUUUUUUUCCCCCGUAGCCUCCAACCCUUUUGUGAUCUCAUCCCCAAUCAGACAGAUUUGUAAAACUGACCUAUUUACUAGAUCUAGUCCCGCUUUGAAUCCAGGCCUAUAAAUACAGCUUUAGACGCUUGAUCUUAAUUAACUCGAGCAGGCUUCUAGACACUAUAACAUACAUUUGGAGUUGGCUACUUACACAACUAAAGAUACCGAGUUACAACAUUGAGUUUUAUCAAUUGAAACCAAAGCGCAAUACAUUGUUUGUUGUGCGGCGACAUUUUGACAAGCAUAGACAGAACAUCGCUAUUGUGUCUACUGCUGUCUAUUAUAGGGGAGAUCACUCUAGAAAGGAGGAAAGAAGAAUCGCAAUUUCAGUAAAGUUUUACAUUCCUGUUUCUCUAUUCGUGGAUUUGGAGCUGAAGAAACAGAAAAGAAGACAUGGAGGCAAUCUUCAAGUGGGCUUUCUUUAUGGCAUGUCUGCAGCAAGUGACCCCUAUUCACAUUGACCUGACUCCAAACUUCUUUGUGGAGGCAGCCACCACUGAGGUGACCAUCACCUGUGUCCCGGACGGUACCGGAGUCCUGGCCAAGGAGAUUCUUCUGAUAGAAAUAUCAAAGAACGGGGAGACGCCCAUCGUUAAUGUGCAGCCUCCCAGCAAACUGAACUAUGGUCCUAAUGAUUUUCAACAUUUCGAGGCUCAGGGCUUUAUCAACAAUAGCUAUGUGGCCGACAGUUACCUCUACCUGAGGAUCAAGUACCCUACCAAAGAUGAUGCCGGAGCUUACACUUGCGUCAUGUCCUACUUAGACUCGGCAGGACUUUUGAAACAGGAUCGAGAUAAAGCCGACCUAAUCUUGCACAAAGGGGACAACUCAAGUAUUGAAGACAAAAUGGACACUCUACAGAAAAGUUUAGAGAACCUCCUAGACAGAGUGCAAGAAGUAGAGAGAGCGAACCAGAUGUUGAUUGCAGAGAAUAGAAAUCAGUCACAACAAUUACAGGAUCUGCGGGAAAAGGUGCGUUUGACGGUAGCAUUCUCUGCAGCCGUGAACCAAGAAAAGAACAUAGUGAGUGGAGAUACCAUUGUCUUCACUGACGUCAUGCUCAACGAUGGCCAGGGCUACAAUGAAACCACAGGGAUUUUCACAGCUCCUGUUGCCGGACUUUAUGCUUUCCAUCUGGUGCUGGAAAUAGGUCAAGGAGGAGCUGUUGGUGAAGUGUUUCUCAACGUUGCAGGCAAAGACAUGGUCAAGAUGUACACCCAGGACAAAGACUUUGGUGACCAGGGAGCUGUCAGCGUGGUCAACAAGUUAAACAAGGGGGACGCCGCCAAGGCUGUGGUACACCAGGCCGCUGGCAUCACUCCACGCAUCCUUUCAGAAAGACUUUGUGUAUUCUCCGGAGUCUUGAUCCGCUCUUGAUGGUCUGAACACAUAAACUCUCGUGAUUGGUUAUUGCUGAGCACUGAUUGAAGCAUGAUUAACAUGUGUACGAACUGAUAGACACAUGAAUUUCACGACAAGAUCAUGUUUCUGAAUGAAUGUUAUUACACUAAACAAGCAUUGACAUUUAACCUAUAAUGCGCUAUUCAAGGUCUGUACAUAAAAAUGCCUACAUUUAGUAAAACAUAAAGAAAUGGGACGGACUGUUUAAAUUGAAAACUUCAAUACAACAAGCAUUCAAUAGAACAACAAUGUUAUGAUGAUAACAUUAAUUUUAUUCAAUAUCUAUCUAAUCUAUCUAUCUAAUCUAUCUAUCUAUCUAUCUAUUCUAUCUAUCUUAGGUUUACCAGACACCUAAACCGCCUUGGAUUGAUAAAAUGAGGACAAAGCUUUACCAAUGAGGGCACCUUUAAAAACUAGGCUUACUAUGUGUUUGAUGAAACAUGUCAGGAAAUCAAAGGCUGUAAAACUACUUUAUUAAGCCUUAUAUUUCUUACACGAUCUGACUUUUCUUUGGCAUUACCGGUAGUUUAUCAUGCGCUCAUUAUGUGUUAGAAAAAUGCAUCUCAUUGCCAGUUCGCAAGGGGUUUUCUUCUUCUUCUUCUUCUUCUUCAUCGUUCUCAUUGUUAUGUUGGAGUGUUCAUAUGACUAGACCAAUACAUGAGAUGAACUGCGCAGUGGUUUCCAAAUCAGGGAGCUCUCCAUAUAGUUUUCUUUCUAUUGGGGUGAUUUGGGGCCAAUGUCUUAUACGGGCCUCUUGGUAGAGAGAGCAGUUUUGGAGGACGUGGUCGGCAUUUUCUGGUGAUACUCCACAUGGGCAGAUUUCACUGGUUCCAAUUUUGAGCUUCCGGAACAUGUGUUGUCGCAUUCUGUUGUGUCCGGUCCUGAGUCGAAAGAUUAGACGUUGGUCUUGUCGGGAUAGCUUAUAGUAAGCAUCAUCUUUCUUGUGAUUUGGAUGGGAGCUCGUCCAUUUCUCAUUUAUUUUAUCUACAAUUAGUUUCUUCAUUUCUUCUGGAUAGAGAGCAGAGUUUACUUGUGAGUUUGUUCUCCCACUCUUGGCGAGUGUGUCAGCCUUCUCAUUUCCUGCUAGUUGUAUGUGAGCUGGUAUCCAUUGAAUGAAUCCUCGAUACACUAUAAUGAAUCUCCACCCUGGGACGAAAGCCCUCUUCCUACUAUAAGGGACCAUAUUGAAAACAUAAAAAGAAAAUCUGAUUACAGACCAACAGAGCUCAAGGAAAUAGUGAACUGUUUUCUACAUACCAAUUACCCUAGCAAUCAGUGGAUCAGAGUUUACACGGAUGGCUCAUCCCAUAAAGCCACCACAAAUGGAGGAGCUGGAAUACUUAUCGAAUGGCCAGAUGGAGGAAAACUAGAAAAAUCCUUUGCAACUGGAGAGCUCUCUGACAGUCACAGAGCAGAAAGGGAAGCACUAGCACUAGCUGCUACCAUGCUAGCAAAUCAUCCAAGUUCCCCUCACAGUCAGAUUGUCUUUCUAACAGACGCAAAAACAACCCUCCAAAGCCUGCAAAACUCUGAUUCCCCUUAUAUUAAAAACCUCAGAACAGCACUCACAAAGCUCAACCACAACAGCAAGGGGUUUUGACUAACAUGUUUCUCGUGAAGUUAUUCAUCAGUUUUAGGUUCAAAGAUGGACAUGUCCUCCUUUUGCCGGACGUCUAUCUAUCUAUCUAUCUAUCUAUCUAUCUAUCUAGAUCUAUCUAUCUAUCUAUCUAUCUAUCUAUCUAUCUAUGAUUAUUUACACAUAAUGGGAAGGUUACUGGUGUGGUAUAUGAAGUCUAGAUUGCCUGUUAUGAGAUGACAAAAUUCCCAAUAAGUAUGUAUAUGUUGUAAUGCUGCUAGAAACGGAUCAUCCUUAUCGUUCUGUUUUAAUUUGUUUGUUGGCCUAGGCCUACAUUUCAAACCCAGAGAAACGACAUCUGCGUUAGAUGAGUAAAAUAAUCUAGGUCACAGCUUGUUCUGCUUUCGUAAUGCACUAUAGUUUCCCAUAACAUUAAGACUCAAAGACAAUUAUUGAUAUAGAAAAAAAAAUGAAAGCCCUCCAAAUGUUACACUACUGUAAAUAUAAACAUCUUUAUUUUUUUUUAUUUCAAUAAGAUGUAUAUGUUUUUUUGUUUUUGUUUUCUUUUUAUGAUGAUAUUCAUACAUAAAUUUAGUGUUUUAGUAAUAUGUAGUUUGAUGUAUUGUAACAUCUGUAUGGAAUGAAAGAUUCGAGCUUCAAUACGUCAUUUUCAUCCAUCGUGUUGAAUGAAUAGAAUCCAUAGAGCAUUGUUCAUUGGUUAUCCCUUACUGAGACCAAUUGCCCUCCACUAGCUAACUCAACACAGGAAAAUUAUAGCCUACUUGUAGUGGUUCUUUCCGUCCUAUUUUACUAGUAUUCCAAUAUCUUAAAAUAGUGCCCCAGUAUAAAGAGUAUCUUAUCUUCUUAUCUUAUAUAAUACAGACGUUACUUCAAAAAAGAAGAUGAUUACGUCCUACGCGUCAUGCAUUCAGUCAUGCAUAUUAACCAAUGACUUAAAUUCUGCCAAGUCACUGGUUUUCCUAGCUAGCUCAGGCAACCCAUUCCAUGCUCUAGUAGCACUAGGGAAGAAGGAGUAUUUGUACAAAUUUGUCCUAGCAUAUGGGAUGAGGAGUGUGCCUUUAUCUUUGUGUCUUUCUGAAUAUUUUAUAAAAUUUUGUUUUUGUAUUUGAAGAUUAUGGUUCAGUGUUUUAUGUAUAAUUGCUACUUUACUUUUAAGUCUUCUAUCCUGAAGGCUAGAUCUUUAUGUAUUAUUAUUUUCUUUUGUUUGAUGAAGCUAUAAGUUAUAGUUACUAGAAGAAGGAAAAAGUUUUACUAACUUUCGUACACAUGGUUGUAUGGUUGGUUGGCUUGGUACUGUGUUGUUACUAGGAGGAGUUGUCGAAUCGGAGGAUUCGUGCCCUGGUCAGGACUGUCACUUAUUUUGCUGUAUUUAAUUCCCUAUUUUCCUUAAUUAAAAUGUGGUCCCUAGUGCAGUCUUAAUCCAGCCUAUGUAAAAUGUAUGUAUGUAAAAUGUAUGUAUGUAAAAUGUAUGUAUGUAAAAUGUAUGUAUCAUUCUUUCUUUCUGAGAUUGUCUACUUUAUGUAUUCUUUAACAAAAUCGUAAUAAACAAUGAAAUAUAAAA